GAACGGGGAACUGAUGCUUUCGCGGGUAGUUACAAUCCUAAACAAAGGAAUGAUCUGUGUAGUGCAAACACCGAUAAAAACACGGCCCACUACUUUCUACAUCCUAAACCAAAACCGAACGAGAAAUUGAGAAUGGCGAAAAUUAGCAAGUCAAGAAGAUAUACCCUCCAAGAAGCAGUGGAGGAAUGUACUCGGCCACGUGAAAGCGACAAGUCAGAGGAGGAAAUGUCUGAGAAAGACAGUGAAAUGUCUUGCAUGGACUCCGUGGCAGAGGACAUGUUCCUAGAGGGAGGAGACAUUACUCUCGACAAGAAAUGUGAUGUAGAUAUGGAUUGGGAGCCUGCUACAUCUGCACCAGUGAGCAAGUGGCCACAUGGAGUGGAGAAGCAGGACAGUUCAUCAGGUGAUGAGCCUCAUCUUCCAACUCCUCAGAACAGCAGGAGACCAAGAGGUAGAGGACAAGGAAAAGGGAGAGGCUGCAGUCAAGCCAGAUCAAGCAGCCCAUCUGAAGAGAGGUGGAAUGAUGUCGAUGUCCCAGACAUCACACCACCACAGCCCACCUUCAGACCCAGAAAUGUCCCAGGACCCCAGCUCAUACGUACUGCUACGUACACAGCCCUGCAGUUGUUUCAACUGUUUUUUACCAACUCUGUUUUGAAGACAAUACUUCAAAACACCAACCACUGUGGCUCAACACACCAUUCAACACCCUCUAUCCCGUGAAUUGAUCUGACAUUGCAGGACAUGUUUGCAUUCAUGUCUUUAAUUGUUUACAUGGGUGUAGUCAAAUGCUUUUCUUUCACUGAUUACUGGCGUGGGGGUCAUCUUUAUAGCUUGCCGUUCCCGAGACGGGUAAUGACCGGUAAAAAGUUCCUCAGGAUCUCCCAGUCCCUUCACCUCAGCAGCUCUGUGGGUGAUGCUGCUAAUGAGGAAAGGAGAGGCACAGGAGCCUACGACCGUCUGGCUAAGAUAAAGCCGCUCUACGAGGAGAUGAGGGACUCCUGCAGAAGAAACUUUCACCCUGGCCAGGAAAUCUCCAUUGAUGAGCGAAUGGUUGCCUCAAAAGCCCGCACUGGUUUGAAACAAUACAUGAAGAACAAGCCUGUUCGCUGGGGUUAUAAACUCUUUGUUCUGGCAGACUCCAGGAACGGUUAUACAUGGGACUUUUUUGUUUAUGAGGGAAAGUGCCAGGGAAACAGUGGUAAGGGACUCAGUUAUGAGGCAGUGAUGGAGCUAAUUGAUGUACAGUUGCUGGGCACCGGCUAUAAGGUCUUUGUAGACAAUUUUUAUACAAGUCCAAUCCUGUUUCGUGACCUCCUUCUGAAGAGGAUCUGGGCAUGCGGAACCAUCCGCACAAACAGAAUCGGAUUCCCAAGGUCAAAGGUCAACAUUCUGGUCUCAAAAUCUCCUCGUGGCAGCAUACGUUGGAUCAGGAAUGACUCCCUGCUCUUUGUUCAGUGGCGAGACACAAGGGAUGUUUUUCUGUGCUCAACCCUCCACACAGCCCACGCAGAGGACACAGUGCAGAGGAGGGUCAAAGCUGCAGAUGGGCAGUGGCAGUUGAAGGACGUCUCAGUUCCACCAGUGGUGCAGGACUACAACCGGUGCAUGGGUGGAGUGGACCACUCAGAUGCCCUCAUAGGGUAUUACAAAGUCCUGCACAAGACCCAACGGUGGUACAAGACUCUGUUUUACCACUUCAUGGACAUUGCAAUUGUGAACGCCUUCCUCCUCCAGAAGGACCUUGCAGUUGGCAAAGGAGAGGUACCUCUGCAUCAGAAGGCGUUCAGAGAGACGCUCGCAGUGGAGCUGGCAGAGGCGGGGUCUUCCUCCACAGCCACACCCGGACCACCUCCUGCUCCACGUGGAGCACAUCACAGGCCAGUGCAUAUCAGUGGGCACAGCACUGCUGGUCGGCUGAAGUGCAGGCAGUGUCAUGCAAAGACACCAGUGAAGUGCUCCUCCUGCGAAAUUCCUUUGUGCUUUGUCGCUGGCCGUGACUGUUAUAAUGACUGGCAUGUUGCCAAUGACCUGUAAUUGUAAAUACUAGUA